AAGACGACUUUCUCAAUAAAACCAAAACCUCUUUCUCAAUCCACAUAGAGAGAAAGAGAGAGAUGAGCCGGAGGAACAAGAACGGCCCUAAGCUCGAGCUGAGGCUGAAUCUUUCGCCGCCUCCUUCUCAAGCCAGCCAGAUGAGUCUUGUUCGAUCUCCAAACCGAUCCAACACGACUUCACCGACCUCAUGCGUUUCGUCAGAAACAAACCAUGAGGAGAACGAGGCAAUAACCUCAAUGGUUCUUGUAGGUUGCCCUCGUUGCCUUAUGUACGUUAUGCUUUCUGAUGAUGACCCUAAAUGUCCUAGAUGCAAAAGCACCGUUCUUCUUGAUUUCCUUCAAGAAAACGCUUUUGCCGCUACAACCGCUACCGCUGCCAACACCAGACGCAAGAAGAAGACCUGGUGGAACUGAAUUUAUUAAUGAUCCAACCGCGUUUUUUUUGUAUGUAAUCGAGGGAUCUUAAACCGAAA